CACAACCACUGCCAGAGAAUGGCAGAAGGAAGUGAUGAAAACCAUCACCAGAGACCAUAAGUACGUCAUCAUCAGCAGCAUCCAGUUAGUGGGAGUGGUCCUGUACGUCUUUGUUCGCCCACAGCUCGCUCCUUUUAUACGAGAUGUUGCAGUGGAUAAAGUAAAGACCGGAUUAGGUGGCGCCACAGGUAACAAAGGCGGGGUAGCCAUCCGCUUUGUUCUCAACAGCACAUCCAUCUGUUUUGUCUGUGCACACUUAGCCGCAGGUCAGAAGGAGGUCAAUGAACGCAAUGCCAACUACACAGAAAUUACACGCAAGAUGUCCUUUCCCAUGGGGCGAACGAUUCUUUCCCACGAUUGUGUUUUCUGGUGUGGAGACUUCAACUACCGUGUGGAUCUCUCCAAUGAAGAGGUAAAAAGCUUGGUUGCCAGUGAAAAUUGGAGCGCUCUGCAAGAGAUGGACCAGCUGAAUCUCCAUAGAGCACAGAACAAUGCAUUUCAAGGCUUUAGUGAAGGCCCUCUGAACUUUGCCCCAACCUAUAAGUACGACACAUUCAGUGAUGACUAUGAUACCAGUGAUAAAGGUCGCACUCCUGCUUGGACAGACAGGGUGCUGUGGAAGGUGAAGGUUGUCAAGGAUCCAGAAACUGAAGAAGAGCUUAGUCAUGGACAAGUAAAAUUGUUGAUGUACACCAGAGCAGAGUUGCGGACAUCAGACCAUAGACCUGUUGUUGCGCUGUUUGAUGUGGACACCUUGGUGACCAUAGAAGAAAAGAGAAAUGCAACUUUGAGCAAGGUCAUCAGCGAGCAAGGUCCACCAGAUGGCACGGUUGUCAUUUCUACAGUCACAGGAGAGGAGUUGUCAGAUGAGGCUGUCGAAGACAUUGUCACCAAAUUCAGAGAAGUUGGAGAUAUUGUGAUUGUCAGAUUUGUUGGCUCCGACAUGUGGAUUCUGUUCCAGUAUGGCCAGUUUGCACUUGAAGCUUUACAGUUUGAUCAGCAGCAGUUCGCAGGAACCACAAUCAGAGUAAGACUAAAAACUACAGAGUGGAGAAAUGAAAUAGAAAAGGAGUUGAACCUCUGCUCCAGCUCCUCUGGGGCUCUCUACAACCAGUUUUCCAACUCCCUGCUCGGAGAUGAUUUCAGUGUGCCAUCUAUGGAGUUUGAUAUGGAAGAAGAUGAGGGUGAUGAAACAGCAGAUGUGGAGGUUGAGAAUACUCUUCAAGCAAACUCAGCAGCUUCGGGGACCAAUACUCAUUCAGGGCACAGCAGUCCUGCCUUACAGGGAGAAAUUCCUGGUGGCCCUCCAACAAAUCCACCUCGUCCUGUUGCACCACCAGCCCACUCCACAGGUACGCAGCCCAGAGCUCCAUCUCCAGGAAUGGGUUGGGAUGGCCAAGUGGUGAGGGAUGUCACGCCUCAGUUCAGAGCUUCUCCUGUGCCAGAGAACAAACAACCCCCUGCCAGGCCUAGUGCUCCCCCUGUGAAGCCUCCUCCACCACAGAGACCACCUGGGGGCCCGCCUAAACCAUCUCCAACCCACAGCGCCAGUGGACUUUCCCAGCCAUCUGCUUCAGGUGCCCCAAACAAGCCGGUACCUCCCAGGAUCAGACAGCCUUUGAGGCCUGCACCUUCUGACAAGUCGAAGGCAAAGAAGUCUCAAAAGAUUGGCCAGAUUGGCCUACCAACUAAUGUUACCCAUCACGGUCAUGCAUCAAGCAUAGAGGAAGCUCAGGUUCUCAUUCAGAAACUGCUAAGCACCGAAAGUGAGCAGAAAUCGACAGGGAUACCGCUUCCUACUCCGUUAAUUCCCUCAAAGUCAGAGACCAACUUGAGUGCUGUGGCCGGUGGUCUUCUAGCACCAAAGGUUUUGCCCAGAAGUCACACAGCUCAAGAAAUUGGAGAUAAUGCUCACUCGCUGCAGCCACAACCAGUUCCAAGACAGCGUAGCGUGGACAACAUACAUUCAGGUCAUACAGGAACUGUGCCAUCAGACAACAUAAGUGAUACAACCUCAUCUUCCAGACCACGACCUACACCACGCGUGCAGAGCAGUAUUAUCGAUGGCGAUAGUCUUUCAGAUUCUGUCCAUUCACGUAACCCUCCUUCUCCAUCACACCGACCAGGAAGUGUACAGAUGAGUGCCACAGCAGCAAAUGGACAGACUGUGCCAUUUCGAACAGCACCUCCACUUCCAGAAACUAAACCUGCCCCUCCACCAACUGAGCUGAAGCAUCCCACAGCCAUUCCAGCAUCCGCUGCUGCUCCUACUCCACCUGCACGCCCAUCUAGACCCUCAGAAAAAGUUGUAUCCAAACCCUCAGAACCAGUUGAUUCAUUUUCCACAUCUUCUAGUGGCCAGUUAGGCUCUCAUUUGUUAGACAGAGAAAAUAGCAUAACUGGGAAAGCACAUGAAGAUUCAGAUCCUUUUAACACGGAGUUUGCCAGAUUUCCUCCCACUGCAUUCCGUCCACAGCCUAGCUUACCUGAUCCCUUUGAUACCAGGCACAUUUCCAACAGAACAGAAGUAGCUGUGGCUUCAGACCAGGCCAAUAAGAAAUCCAUUCCUGAUCCAUUUAACACAGAUCAUGUAGCCCAGAACUCCCAAGCUUUUGAUGAUCCUUUCCUCACUACCAGUCAUCCUUUCAACCACCCGUCUUCUGAUGCUCAGAAUACAAGCUCUUCUGUGGAUAGUUUAACCCUUUCUGAACAAAGCUUGUCUCUUCCUAGUGCAACCAGCAAUGACUUUGACCAGUCUGAAUCUUUUGGAGAAUCUGCAUUUCAGGCCCCGGAUAUGAGCCCGCCACCCUUACCUUCAGACAUAGGUGCUCCCAGAUUUACACCCACACCUGUAGGUUUAUCAUGCCCACUUGAAGAUCCUCCUCCAGCCCCAGCAGGUUGUCCACCAGCUCUGCCUGCUCCCAACAGACCAGGUGGGGUGCCGCCACCUGUGCCGAGACGGCCAGUUUAA